AUGGACCUGGACCCUCACAUUCUACAGAUCGAGCCUCCAGAAGAGGUACACUACCUGCUCGGAUGUUGUGUACAGUGGCCGCUUACUGUAAGUUGGCAAUUAUAGGGUUUUAAUGUUAAUGUACAUCUAUAUAUUACUAUAGAAACCUUUUACAACCUCUGAAACAUGUUUUGAACUAAAUUUAAGCCUGAAGAAGUCCCAACCUUCAUAAGUUUAGGUAUAAAAACUGGAAUAUUUUUAGAAAACAUACUCAUUUAGCCCUAAUAAACCGGAAAUUACAGUAUUAGAUUUCCGGCUGUUUCCAAAAACGACCAAAAGUAUGUUAACAUAGUCACUUGCUUUCAGAAGAGUGCUCGGUUAGUAGCCUAUAUAUCUCUAAUAUCAGCAAUAUGCAACUUGUGCAUCAUGUUAUUUGCUCAAGAAGCGUCGCUGCAUGUUGUAGUAGAUGGCAUCAUACUGGCAGUUGAGUUCUUUUGUGUGUUCUCAUUGUUUUAUGGUAUCAACAAGAAGAAAGCUAGAGCUCUGAAGCCGUUCAUCGUAUGUGGGGUAAGUGUACCAGUCAGUACCUAUUACAAUAUCAUCAGGCAUGUGCAAACACUAUAUCUGUCUAUGAUUUUUGAAUACUUAUAUAUUGAAAAUGUCACACGUAUUUUAAAAAGUGAUAUUGAUGAUGACAUUCAAAUCAUACUCAUAGUCAAUAUAAAAUAACAUAUGCCACGUUUUUAGACCAUCUGGAAUGCUUUCUUGGCGAUUCUCUGGUUAUGUUGUGUCAUUCAGUUGUUCGACCGAGACAAGUUCACUUCAGAAGUGUUGUCAAAUCUGUCCCAAAUGUUCAAUCUCAGCCCUCAAUCUGAUGGUAACCCUUUGAAUAACAGUUAAAUCACCACAUUUGAUCAAAAGAUGGCAAAACUCAUAUCAUUUUAGGAGGAUUCUGGAUGUCCUUGGUCCUAGUUCUUCUCCUCGGACUGACAACCUUAAUGGGAAUCUGGUUCCUCCACAUUGUUAUCAUCACCUACUACUACUUUAUCGACCGACAAGAAGAGAUAUGGAAGAAACAGCCAGAGACGAGGAGACUGAUCCAGCCAGAGAUGAAUAA